CUGUGCGCGAGUCUCUCGGAGCAGGAAUGUGGAAACGGGAGUCGGGUCAGUCAGCGCCGCACGUUUCUGCGCUGCUCACGACUGAAUAAUUCAUCAUCGCCUCGGUUGAAUAUAUUGAUGAGCGGGAGGAAGUGAUUUGUGCACGGAUUACACAGUCGCUUCUCUGGAUUUACGUCCACGCUUCUCGGUUCUGUUUUUUCCUCACUGCUGGGGAAAAGUUUGCUUUGAGACGGAGUCGCGCGCACACAGCUGGAGUCCGCGAGUGGAAAUAAGCUUCCAGCGCACACCGAGCGCACCUCGUUCCGGAGCUCUGGCAGCAUGGACCCGGCGUCACUGAGCAGGUGAAGGCUGCUAGCGUUAAAUGCUCGCUGCGCAGUGACCGCCCGCACUCCCGCUGUUCGCUCUGACUGCAACCCGCCGCCCCCCAUGGCCUCCAGCCUGACCUGCACGGGCCUCGUCUGGGCCCUGCUCUCCCUGCUGUGCGCCGCCGCCUCCUGCGUCGGCUUCUUCAUGCCGUACUGGCUGCUGGGGACGCAGAUGGACAAGCCCGUGUCCUUCGGCACGUUCCGGCGCUGCUCGUACCCGGUGCGGGACGAGGAGCGGCAGGCGACGGUGAUGCUGGAGCAGUGCGGGCGCUACGCCUCCUUCCACGGCAUCCCCAGCCUGGAGUGGAGGAUCUGCACGGUGGUGACCGGCGUGGGCUGCGGCCUCCUCCUGCUGGUGGCGCUCACGGCGCUGAUGGGCUGCUGCAUCUCCGACCUCAUCUCGCGCACCAUCGGCCGGGUGGCCGGCGGCAUCCAGUUUGUGGGGGGCCUGCUCAUCGGUUCCGGCUGCGCUCUCUACCCGCUGGGAUGGGACAGCGAGGAGGUGCAGCAGACCUGCAACAACAGCUCCGACCAGUUUCAGCUGGGUUCCUGUCAGAUCGGAUGGGCCUACUACUGCACGGGGGCGGGGGCCGCCGGCGCCAUGCUGCUCUGCACCUGGCUGUCCUGCUUCGCCGGGAAGAAGCAGAAGCAGUACCCGUACUGACCCGUUCUGACUUGUACGGGCCCGGCGCCGGGACCACGCGACAGAGGGAGCGCGCUGCGACUCCGGACCCACACCACACCCAGUACAGCACAUCAGGCGCCAAAGACCCCGCGCCGUCGGGUCGGGUCGGGUCGGGUCGGGUCGCCCUGCACACGGCGUGGGGCCCGGACGGCCGCGGGGGCCGCUUCACAAUGCAACACACCCGCACGCACACGCGGCGGAACCCGCGUGGACCAACGCCGUUUGUACCGAUUGUCACAUAACUAUUUCCUUAACGAAGACUAUUCCUCCUUUUGUCAGUGCUGUUGACGUGAUCGUGUGUCCUGUGACGACGAGACCCGUGUUGUUGCUCGUGCGUGGCGUGUUCCCGUCUCCUUCGUGUCUCAUCCUUGCCUUAAACACAGGUGAAAUGCAAUAACCCCCACGUAACGUAAAGCAAUCCCACACUGGCUGCCUGCUUCCUCGACUCAGACUCUUCCGAUUCCAAAAGUCUACAAACAGUUUAAUAUUUAACACCUUCAUGAGAUCUAUGUUGUGUAUGAUAAUGUAUUUUAUCAUAUUAGCACACGUUUUGUACUCGCUCGUCCGAUUAUUCUUUGUCGUUCUUUUCCUUUUGUAAAUAAAUGUUUAUCGACA